UCCAAUAUGCAGGAGCAAACGCACAGUGACACGAGCAAAACGGAUAUGGCCGCAUCUAUCGCUUUGCCACCUUCCACUAAACUACACCAAAAUCAACUUCACCAUUCAAGCUUCCGCGGUAGCCCACUGCCACCUUCUGCUACUCCUUGUACCUCAAUUAAGCAGAAACAACAUGGUUCAAAGACUUAUCUCACCAAAAUCAGUGCGAAGUUUGAACUGAAGCCUCCUCCAUAUCCUCUGGAUGCUUUGGAACCACAUAUGAGUCGUUCAACCCUUGAGUAUCAUUGGGGAAAACAUCACAGAGCUUAUGUGGACAACCUUAACAGACAGAUAGAGGGAACUGAGCUGGAGGAAUUAUCACUAGAAGAUAUCAUAAUGAAAACAUACAAAAAAGGCAAUAUCCUUCAGCAAUUCAACAAUGCAGCACAGAUCUGGAACCACGAUUUUCUCUGGGAGUCCAUCAAACCUGGGGGAGGAGGGAAGCCAACAGGGGAACUCCUAGAACUGAUUGAAAGAGACUUUGGUUCUUUUGAAAAGUUUUUAGAAGAAUUCAAGUCCGCUGCUGCAACGCAGUUUGGUUCUGGUUGGGCUUGGCUUGCAUAUAAGGAUAACACGGUUGACCAUCCACGUCCAUCAGAGAAGGACAAAAAGCUUGUUAUUCUAAAGAGUCCUAAUGCCGUUAACCCACUUGUUUGGGACUAUGCUCCACUUCUUACAAUCGACGUUUGGGAGCAUGCUUAUUACCUAGACUUCCAGAAUCGGCGACCUGAUUAUAUAUCAACUUUUGUUUCAAACCUCAUAUCAUGGGAAGCAGCAGACUUGAGGCUACAGAAAGCCAAGAUUGAAGCUGCUGAAAGAGUAAAGGAAAAAGAAAAGAAAAAGGAGAAGAAAAAGGACGAAGAUAGCGACGAAGAGGUGUACGUCGACAACAGUUCAAGCGAGUCGGAUUCGGAUUCUGACUAACAUUUGCUUCUCUCUUCUCUGGGUUACAGUCUUCAUAAAGGUGCAUACCAUAUUUUAUUUCUAUGCUCUAAAGUCUUGUGGUUUGUUGCUGUGAUGAGUUCGUAGACUUUUGAGUCAAUGGGUGUAAAGUGAGGAUGAAGUGUGUAAUUUUGUAGUUUGAGAACAUAGGGACUCUUACUUCCACUUUAUGCAUUAUAGAAUGCUAUGGUCCUUUUGGGAAAAGUAUUGGAUAAUUACAUUAUAUUUUUAGUGAUAAUAACUUAAGUAUAUCUUAGGUCGAUAUUA